AUCAUGCUUGGUGUUAUGGCAAAAUCCAGAACCCCCUUCUCCACAUUCUUUAUUCCACUCACUCUGUGUGUUUCCAUCCUCUUCUCCUCCCACAUAACCGCAAAAGCUUCAAGUUACUCUCGAAGAAUCUCACCAGCAUCUGUCGGGUUCCACGAGGAGAAGCUGAGCCACCUUCACUUCUAUUUCCACGACAUAGUCAUUGGACCGAACCGCACAUCGGUGACUGUAGCGGAGCCCCUUAAGGGUAAGUCAAACUCAUCCCUCCCAUUCGGAACGGUGGUGACCAUCGAGAACCAAUUGACCGUGGGGCCCGAACCUGAGUCCGAAAGCGUGGGAAAGGCACAAGGGUUGUACGUGUCUUCGUCCAGGGAAGGACCCGAAAUGGAAGCGGGGCUAACCAUGGCUAUGACUUUUGCGUUCACGGAAGGCAAGUAUAAGGGUAGCAGCCUCAGUGUGUUGGGGCGAAACGUUAUUAAUUACCCCGUCAGGGAGAUGCCCAUCCUUGGUGGCACCGGAGAUUUUCGGUUCGCACGUGGGUUUGCUCAGGCCAAGACUCACGCUUUCGAUCACACCACAGGAGAUGCUAUCGAGGAGUACGACGUUUUUGUCUUCCAUUAUCUUCCCAGCACUUCGCCAUCGGUGAAUUUUCAUCAAGAACUAUGA